UCGGCGGUGACGCGCGGCCCUCACGUGACCAGGAGCCUAUGUCUGCCCAAGUCCUUCACGUCCUGGUCCUUUUUGCAUGUCCAGACAGCGUCUCCCUAUUGCCCUUCGGUCGAGGGGGAAACAGAGGAAGUCUGCCGGGCACAGCGGGGCACCUCGAGGACAGAACGGCCGAGAGCAAGCUGCGGGCGAGGUCCAGGAGACCAUUCUCAACAUGGAAAAAUCCUGCCAAGACAACGAAGAUCAGCCCCAGAGCGUGCCCGAGACGGAGGAGGCGCGGCCUCCUCCUCCUCCCUCUCCCGGGAAACCGGUUCUGGAGGACCCGUCAUCGGAGGAGCAGUCCUCGGAGGAGGAGUUCUUUCCCGAGGAACUGCUUCCCGAGCUCCUUCCCGAGAUGCUCGUGUCGGAGGAGCGCCCUCCGCAGGAGCGCCUUUCCAGAAAGGACCUUUUCGAGCAGCGCCCUCCCAUGGAGCAGCCUCCGUGCGGGGUGGGGAAGCACAAGCUGGAAGAAGGAAGCUUUAAGGAGAGGCUGGCCCGCUCUCGCCCGCAGUUUAGAGGGGACAUCCAUGGUAGAAAUUUAAGCAACGAGGAGAUGAUAAAGGUGGCAGAGGAGAUGGAAGAGAUGAAAAGAGUACGAAAUAAACUGAUGAUAAUGCAUUGGAAGGCAAGACGUAACCGCCCUUAUCCUAUUUAACUACUGGGCCUUUACUUCUAGUUUGCCUGAUAUAAGUGUUGCCACCUGAACUUGGCAUUUUCUUAAAUACCUUUCCCGUCUUCUUAAUUUUUCAGUUUUGCCGUGACUUCAUUUUAGGUGUUUCGCUUGUAACUGGCCUAAAAUUGACACCUCCCUCCAUCUGCAAGUCUCCCUCUUUCAAUCAUAAAUCUAACCCAUUUGCAUGGAAAGAUGUAUAUUAUAUAUUGUGAAGUGAGAAGGGCAAUUUUCAAAAAGUAUAUGUAGUGUCCCAUUUUUGUAAAAAAAUAUUUAUAUAUUAAUAUACAAGGAAAAAACUAAAGUGUAUAUACUUCAGGGGCUUAACAGUGGCUACCUGUAUGAUAAGACAAUGGGUGAUUUUUAUUUUUUCAUUUUUGCUUUCUUGGAAUUUCCCACUUUUCCAAGACAAACACGUUUUACUUAUGUUGCAAAACAAAAACCAAAAACCAAAAAAAAAAAAAAAACCAAUAAAACAACAAAAACCACAACAAUGAAAAAAUGUAAAGCAAUUUAAAAGACUGUUAAUCAACUUAUAAGGACAAUGUGGCACUUAAUAAACACUUGUCAUAACUUAAAAAAAGUUAAUCCUAUGUUUCUUCUGAACCUCUUAGGCAGAAUUUAACGAGGUACUAAUUGUAUUUAAGGGUCAUUCUCUUCCCAUUUAAAUAGGAAUAAUACAGGGCUGCUGUGGAACCCAGUAAGAUAAAAAGAUCUUGUGAACUGUUUCCCCCCCACCUGCACAUGCAGGACCCCAAACUUUAAAUUCCCUUCCAGAUAGGGGAUAGUACCCAAAGGAGGUCUCACUUACGCUUUCAGACAAUUCCUGUGAGAUUACAGAUGAGUGACACAUUCUAUCCCUGUCCGGCUCUUUUCUUCCCUUGGAUACUGACAAGUCUACUGGGUACAGCUGCUCUCCUGGGUCCUGCUCCUUCUAUGGCCCCUCCAUCAAGGUCAAAGUGCUGGAGUCCUCCAGGUGCAAAGCCUCACUUGCUCUGGAGUCCAUGAUGGGUCAAAGCUGAACCCUAUGACCUAUAGGUCUACAGAGAAUGUCCCUCCUCCAGCUUUAAUAUUGUACCUAUCCAGCUGGAUACUAUGCCAGUUCUGCUUAAACCUCAAUGUCUUAAAGAAUUCUUAGCAAAAUAGUCCUUCCUGUUGUUUUUUUUUUUCUUUUUUCUGAAAGCCUCUCUUUUCUCCACUGGAUUCAAACAUGGAACCUGGGUUAGGAGACAAAUUUGUGAGCCAGACAAUGCUGUGUAUUCAGAAUUGGAAUCUUCCUCCGAAAUAAUCUCCAAGGAUAACUUCGGUUUUAAUUACCUAACUUGCCUUACGGUGGGUUCUCUUCCAAGGGCUUCCAAGGGCAGCCUUGCCUUACCAGUUCAACUGUCUUGCUCAACUUGUAUAAAUUGAAGAGGAAAAUAAGACUUAGGUCGUUUCCCUUGAACCCCACCCCACAUCAAUAAGAAACAUGCAAAUGUACUUUAUAAUUCAUUAAAAUGCUAUAUAUGUAUGUGCAUAUACAUAUAUAUGUGUAUCAGAUAUUAUGAUUUCUCUAUUAAAAUAACCUUAUA